AUGGCAUUCGGUACUGUCUACGGUUCUGUUAAGUCUCCUCGAGUCGGCAUGGUCCUCAGCACGGCUGCAUUGCUGGGUCUACCGGUAGAGAAUGCUUCUAAUACAUUACCAGGAUCUUUUCCUAAAGGCUUAGCUGAAAAAUUUCCCAUACAAAAAAUUCCUGUUUUCGUUGGUGCUGACGGAAUUUGUCUGUGGCAAUCUAUCGCGAUCGCUAGCUUUUUUGCGAGCUAUGAUCCAUUAGGCAUUGUAGGUGGAGCUACUGCUCUUGCCAAGGCUGAAGUCUUGAUGUGGGCUUGUUUCUUCAAUCAGGAAUUUUAUGAUGCUGUUAUUCCAUGGGUGGCUGGGAGAAUGCGCUCCAUUCCAUAUGAUCCAAAAACAGAAGAGAAAGCCAAGAAAAACACUUUUUCCAUCUUUGCAGUCUUAGAGCGUCAAGUAAAAGAUAAGGAGUUCCUUGUUGGAGAAGAUCCAACUAUUGCAGAUGCUGCGGCAGUUGCCAGCUUAUACUUCGUGUUGUCAUCUGUUAUGACGAAAGAUGAAUUGGCCAAAUUUCCAGAGAUUCAGCGCUACUACAUAAAUGCCUAUCCAAAGCUAAAGUUUGAUCAACUAUGUGGGCCUCUGCAACUUUUGAGUGAGCCGGUCCCAAUCCCCAAAGCCCCGCCAAGUCCUAUUUUAACAUGUGAUGAACUAUAA